CCGUUAUACUGCUGAUUUUCGCUCUGUCGCGAAUCAGCGCACAACCUGCGCUCCCUUUGUUACUUCUUAGGUGGAAGAAAUCCGACUUUGUCCUGGUCUAGCGGCUGAUGAUUGGUGCUCGUUCAGUAUGAGCCGUUCGGUCACGCUUGUGUUCACGCAUCUCGAUUGUCUCUUGAUUGAUAGGUUGCUGAUCGAACCGUUUGGAUCCAACCAAGUAAAUUGUUACUCCGAGUACACAGUGAAGUGGGAUUGGACGUUAUAAUUUAACCGGGUGAAAACAAGUGCACGUGAAAGCGUUUAACCAUGGAAAAAAAUGAAAAACAGGAUGUGAAAAACCCGAGGCAGGGGGCCAAUUUCUUAUCAGCCAUCACGUUCAAAUGGCUGUUUGGAACAUAUCUCACAGGAUACAGAAGGGAGCUAGAAGAAACAGAUCUUUAUUCGCCUUUGCAUGAACAUUCAAGUCGUUAUCUAGGUAAUAAGAUAUCUAGGUACUGGCAAAAAGAGUUGGACAGAUGCGAGAAAUCACAUGCAAAAAGAAAACCUAGUUUGUUUAGAGUAUUAGUAAGAUGCUUCGGCUGUGAUGUAAUGAUGAUUGGGUUGUGUUUAGGGUUCCUCGAAUUUUGUAUAAGAACCUCUCAGCCAAUCAUAUUAGCCAACUUGCUGAAAUAUUUUAAAAAGGACAGUGAGAUGGAGCAAUCCACAGCAUUGAUUUGGGGUACUGGCAUAGUAGUUGGCGUUUUUUUGGAUUGCCUUAUAUCGCAUCCUGCGGGACAAGGAUUGAUGCACAUUGGAAUGAAAAUAAGAGUUGCAUGUUGUUCACUUAUUUAUAGAAAGCUAUUGAAAAUCUCAAAGGUUGUAUCCGAAGGGGAAACCAGUGUGGGACAAAUGAUCAAUCUUGUAAGUAAUGACGUGAACCGAUUAGACUAUUCAUGUUUUACAUUACACUACAUAUGGAUAGCACCUGUUCAGACUAUUCUUGUAUCCUAUCUGUUAGUCAGAAAAGUUCAUAUUGCCGCACUAGGUGGUAUAUUGACUCUUUUGAUUUUCAUACCGGUUCAUGGAGGUUACGGGAAACUAAUAUCUCGACUUACAAAAAAGUUUGCAUUUAGAACAGAUGAGCGAUUAAGAUUGACCAAUGAAAUUAUUAGUGGAGUCAAAGUUAUUAAAAUGUAUGCUUGGGAAAAACCAUUUUACUUCCUAAUAGAUAAGGCUCGAGAGAAAGAAGUGAAAACUAUAAGAAACAAUUUAAUGUCAACAGAAAUAUGUUGGUCUUUCGAAAGUUAUAUUCCUAAGAUUUGUAUUUUUGUGACAAUUUUAGCGUAUAUUUUGAUUGGAAAGGACAUUGACGCAGAAAAAGUAUAUUUAAUUACAGCUUAUUACAAUGUACUGCGUACGUCUUUGUAUCGAUUAUUCCCACUGAGUAUAAAGGAAAUCGCUGAAGCUUUGGUAUCGAUAAAGCGUAUUCAAAACUUUAUGCUGUCGGAAGAGAUUCAACCUAAAUUGACGAUAAACAACGACAAAAUUGUUACGGAAGCUCACAAAAAUAUCGCAAUAUCUUUAAAAAAUGUGACUGCAAAAUGGAAUUUACAAUCAAAACACGAAGCUCUAAGAGAAGUAACUUUUGAGAUAACACCUGGAUCGUUGACGGCAAUUGUUGGACAAGUUGGUGCUGGAAAAUCAACUCUUUUCAAUACCAUUUUAUCUGAAAUCUGUCCUAUUGAUGGCGAUGUAAAAGUCAACGGGAAAAUUUCCUAUUCUUGUCAAGAGCCGUGGCUCUUUACAUCAACAAUUCGUCAAAACAUACUUUUUGGCCAGCCCAUGGAUAAACAACGGUACGAAAAAGUUAUCAAUGUGUGUCAAUUAAAGAGGGACUUUCAAUUACUUCCUUACGGAGAUAACACUUUGGUUGGAGAAAAAGGCCACAAUCUGAGUGGUGGUCAGUGUGCUCGAGUCAAUCUCGCUCGUGCAAUUUAUUUCAACGCCGAUAUUUAUCUUCUGGAUGACCCCUUAUCUGCUGUUGAUACCCACGUUGGCAAGGGUGUUUUUGAAGAUUGUAUCAAGGCCUUCUUAAAAGAAAAAACUGUGGUCUUAAUAACCCAUCAAUUCCAUUUCUUGAAAAAUGUAGACAAGAUCAUUGUACUAAGUAAUGGCACGGUUCAAGCAGAAGGGACAUACAAUGAGUUAUUGAAUUCUGGACUUGACCUGUUGCAGGAUGAAAACGGGUCCAGUGAGAUUAAUGAUAAAGUUGAGACACCUACCAAAGAAAAUGUUACUUUGAUAAAAUCGGCCAUGGCAGAAGACGAAGAAGAAGAAUUAACAGAAAGCCGAACUCAAGGAAAAAUUAAUUUAAAAACUUACCUGCGAUAUUUUGGUGCGUCAAAAAGUAUUUUAUUAGUAAUUUUAGUGAGCGCAGUCACCAUAGCUACGCAAACGGCGUCAACUGGUGCAGAUUACUUUAUCAAUGACUGGGUGAAAUGGGAAGAGGAAAAAGGCUCCAAUUUAUCGAUAAGUGCAGGCGAUUCCUUACGUGGCCGAAGUUAUUACAUUUAUUUUUAUGCCUCGAUUACUGUUGUGACGGUGAUAUUCACGCUACUCGAAGCUUAUUCAUUCUUUUACAUGAGCAUGAGAAUAUCAAGAAAUUUACAUGCUCAAAUGUUUAAUAGUAUUGUAAAUACAACAAUGGCUUUUUUCAACGCCAACUCUAUUGGCCGAAUUAUGAAUAGGUUCUCUAAAGAUAUAGGGAUUGUUGAUACCCGAAUACCCCAAACAGUGGUUGAUGUUACCCAAAUUGCCUUAUAUACAAUAGCUGUGAAUCUUCUGGUCGCAAUUGUUGAUGUAUGGUUUGUAAUUCCAGCGGUAUUCAUAGGUAUAAUAGCUUACUACUUUCGCUCGUUUUACAUCAAAGCUAGUCGAAGCAUCAAGAGAUUGGAAGGAAUGACUCGAUCUCCCGUUGUAAACCAUUUGAGUGCUAGUAUUCAUGGCAUCACAACAAUUAGAGCUUUCGGUGCCGAAGGCAUAUUAACAAAAGAAUUUGACAAUCAUCAAGAUCUGCAUUCUUCGGCUUGGUUCAUUUUUUUCUCUGGUUCAAGAGCUUUCGGCAUGUACAUCGAACUCCUUUGUAUGACCUUCAUAGCCAUCAUAGUGUACACUUUACUAAUAAUAAAUGAUCUGACAAGAGCCGGAGAUGUAGGUCUCGUCGUUACGCAGACUAUAUUGUUGUCAGGCAUGUUGCAAUGGGGUGUCCGACAAACCACGGAAUUAGAAAGUCAAAUGACAUCCGUUGAAAGAGUCUUAGAAUACUCCCAUCUUCCUCCAGAACCAAUGUUAAAGCGUACACCUGAAAACAAAGCACCAGAUCAUUGGCCCAUAAAGGGUUGUAUAAAGUUUGAAGACGUCAGUUUAACUUAUGAUAGACAAGAGCUACCUGCUCUAAACAACCUUAACUUCACUGUACAAUCGAACGAAAUGAUUGGCAUUGUUGGAAGAACUGGAGCAGGUAAAUCUUCCAUUAUAAAUGCUAUAUUUCGACUGGCAGAUGUCACGGGAGAGAUAUACAUUGAUGAUGUUGCCACGAGUAAGAUAGCUCUUCAAGACUUGCGUUCGAAGAUUAGUAUUAUCCCACAAGAACCAGUUCUCUUUACCGGAACUCUACGUAAAAAUCUGGAUCCCUUCGAGGAGUAUUCCGAUCAUGUUCUUUGGCAAGCCUUGGAAGAUGUCGAACUAAAGGGAUUUCUCGAUUCCGAUUUAGGUCUGCAGAUGCUGGUUAUGGAAGGUGGCUCGAAUUUCAGUGUUGGACAAAGGCAACUGUUAUGUUUAGCUCGUGCCAUUGUUAGGAAUAACAAGAUAUUCGUUUUGGAUGAAGCCACGGCUAACGUCGAUCCACAUACUGACGAGCUCAUCCAAAAGGCUGUUCGUAAGAAGUUCGAAAACUGUACGGUACUUAUUAUUGCGCAUCGUCUGAAUACAGUUAUGGAUAGUCAUAAAAUUCUUGUAAUGGAUGGCGGUAAAAUUGUGGAAUUUGAUCACCCGUACAAUUUACUUCAAAAUAAAGAUGGAGUGUUCUACAAUAUGGUUAAGCAAACUGGCCCAGCUAUGGCUGAAAAUCUUUGCGAAAUAGCCGAAUCGAACUAUGAAAGUCAUAUCAGUAUACGUUUAUAAGUACAAAUCAUUAUCGUUGAUAACAAUACUAUUACGUUAUGUAUACUAUGUAUACAAAAGUGCAAUUACUCCCAAAAUAUUCAAAUAUGUAUGAAGUACUUAAACUUAUCGACAGAAAAGUGAUCAAUAAGCUUCAGAAAAUAUUUCCAUCUGCAAGUCAAUUAAGACUACGUAUAAUAUUUUUACAUGUGUUAAAAACAAACUUGUAUAUAGAUAAAUACUGUGUUAAACAUUUGAGUAGAAGAAAAUUACUACUUAAACUAGAAAAAAAGUGUAUAAUGUCAAGUUUUUUAUAAAUAUAAAAAGGAAGUAUUAAAUAUUUUUUUCAAUAU